AUGGGGCUCUUAGGUAUGAUGGGCGACUCGUUUGGUUGCUCAGCGAUUGGGGAGCGACUUGUCUCCGCUGCAAGAGAUGGAGACAUCCAGGAGGCUAGAGCUCUCUUGGAACUCAAUCCCCGCCUUGCACGGUACUCGACUUUCGGGAUCCGGAACUCGCCUCUCCAUUACUCGGCAGCAAAGGGCCACCAUGAGAUUGUCUCCCUCCUAAUCGAAUCCGGCGUUAAUAUUAACCUUAGAAAUUGCAGAGGACAGACUGCUCUGAUGCAAGCUUGUCUAUAUGGUCACUGGAAAGUUGUACAGAUUCUAGUUCUUUUUAAAGCUAAUAUUCACAGGAGAGACUGUUUUAGUGGCGCGACCGCUAUUCAUUUUGCCGCCCUAAAAGGUCAUACUCGGUGCAUUCGGCUUCUUAUGGCUGAUUACGUGCCUAGCUUGUCAGAGUUUUGGACCAUUAUGCAUGGAAAGUCCACAGAUGAAAUGAAAAAGGAUGCCUUUGAUGCCGUGGCUCUCCAGAGACUAGUUAAUGGAAAGUCGGAUGGUGGCGUCACCCCGCUUCACUUGGCAGCCCUUCAUGGGCAUGCUGAGAGUGUGCAGUUGCUAUUAGACCUUGGAGCCUCUGUCUCUGAGGUGACUGUCAAUGAUGGUUCAACUAUUGACCUCAUUGGUUCAGGGAGCACACCCCUCCAUUACGCGGCAUGUGGUGGAAGUGCUGUUUGCUGCCAACUUCUCAUUGCAGCAGGAGCCAACAUGGGAGCUCAAAAUGCUAACGGGUUGACUCCUUUAUUGGUGGCUCGUUCGUGGCACAAAACUAGUAUUGAAGGUAUUCUAAGCAAGCAACCAGAAAAUCGAAUGCGUAUUCUUCCUUCACCAUACCUUUGUCUACCACUGAUGAGCAUUGUCAAAAUUGCCCGGGAAUGUGGAUGGAGGAAAACUUCUGCCUCAUCCACUUGUCAGGAUCCAUGUGUCAUAUGUUUGGAGGUGGAAUGCACUGUAGCUGCAGAAGGUUGUGGCCAUGAGUUUUGCACCAAAUGUGCCCUCUACUUGUGCUCCACCACAAGCAGCUCAACAUCUAUCCGCGGAGUUCCUGGCUCCAUAUCCUGCCCUUUGUGUCGGCAUGCCAUUGUCUCCUUCAUGAGGCCCACCAGCACUACCCCAAUAAAGGCGCUUCCAUGGACAAGUGCAUCGCUAGCUCUAUGUGCAGCAGGCGCAAGCACUGGUCCUGAUCAUGGCAGGUCCUUGCAUCGACGGCCUGACAUGCGUCGAUUGCGCUCCUCCUCAGUUCAGCUGGGAUGCUCUUCUUUUAGAUCCAUUGGCUCUGGGAAGCUGUCAUCCAUAAAGCUGAACUGCACAGGAGCUGAAGAGGCAGUGCCUUGCCUCGUCAGCUGCCUCAGGCCCGAUGUGCAGCGUUCAUCGUCAUACAGGGAAAGAAUUAGGAGAUAUUCAGAGUUUUGA